AUGGAGAUCAUGAGGAACUCUCAGUCUCUACACCUGUUCCUUGUUCCCAUUUUGUUUUCUUUACUUUCACUCUUCUGCCCUGCAUCUGCCAGUUCAGGGUCUGAGUAUGACUACGGAGCCCACCCACGUUUUGUUUGCACCCCUAUUCCCAUGGAUGCAGACCCUGCCUGCUUCCCUGCAGCGGGUCCAAACGCAGGGGCAGCAGGGCCCAGCGGACCAGGCCAUCAAAGUGCACCUCCUGCUGGCUGGUGGGGGGCGAGUGAAGAAGCCAAAGCCACCAUCCUCCACCUCAGGGAGAGCCUUGUACAGCAGAAAGAGACCAUCCUGGACCAGAGGGAGACCAUUAGAGAGCUGACGGCCAAGCUCACCCUGUGCGAGGGCCUCGGACGGGGCGCGGCGCCUCACGACGAGCACCACAGCACGGCCUCGCACUCCCAUCACACAGGGGUGGCCAGUCAUCACACGUACACUGACAACGAGCACUAUAGCAACCAGCAGGGUCACCAUGGAAACGGCAACCUCAUACCGGACUCACCUCACUACCCCUCUGCGGGGGGGCAACGAUCUGAUGGAGGACACAGCAGCCAUGGGAAGGAUAAACAUGUGACACCAGGGGACAUCACAUCAUCACCGGAGCAGAUGGAGAGGAUGCUGGUAGCGCUGAAGGACAGGCUGGACAACCUGCAGAAGAGGAACACAUCCAUCACCUACUCCAGCUCCCUGAAGGAGCUACUUCAGAGGAAGAUCAGCGCUCUGGAGCAGCAGCUGCACCAUCGCACCUCCGCCCUCAGCAGCCCGGACCAUCACGACGACGACAGCAGCCACAGGGACAGCGGAGACCACCAUGAUGAUGAUGAGGAUGAUUAUGAUGAUGAUCACCACGACGACGGACACCACAAUGACCACAAGGGUGACCACAACGAUGGCGGUCACAGUGACGGUGGGAACCACCCCGACCAUGACGACGACAGCAACAAUGACCAUCAUGACGCAGAUGGCGACAAUGGCGACAAUGACGACCACGAUGACAGCCACCAUGUUGAUGAUGAUGAUGAGGAUGAUGAUGAUGAUGAUGAUGAGGGUGACCACCACAGUCAUGAAGCAGACAGUCACAGUUACCUUCCACACACAGGAUACAGAGCACCGGGGCCACAUGUUGGUUUCCACUCAAACAAACUGGAAACGAUACUCAACCAGCUGCACCUCGCAGGAUCCAGUGGGAAGAAGAGUCCUGACGCCUUCCAGAUCAGCUUCCCCAUGAGAACCAACUACAUGUACGGGCGUGUGAAGAAGACACUGCUACAGGAGAUCUUCGCUCUGACUCUGUGUCUUUGGAUCAAGGCGGGCGUGGGUCCCGGCCUGGGGACACCUUUUUCAUACUCGGCACCCGGACAGGCCAAUGAACUGGUGCUCAUUGAGUGGGGGAACAACCCCAUGGAACUGCUGAUCGAUGACAAGGCUGUGCCGCUCCCCCUGUCUCUGGGUGAUGGGAAGUGGCACCACGUGUGUGUGACUUGGUCAACACGGGAUGGACAGUGGGAGGCCUACCAGGACGGAGUGCAGAAGGGGUCCGGGAUCAAUCUUUCCCCCUGGCACCCUAUCAAACCUGGAGGGGUCUUCAUCCUGGGACAGGAACAGGACACUCUGGGAGGCCGUUUUGAUGCCACUCAGUCAUUUGUGGGUGAGAUGUCGGAACUGCACAUGUGGUCACAUGUCCUGACUGCCAGUGACAUCUACAGCCUGGCCUCCUGCGGCAGCCACCUCAGAGGGGACGUCAUCGCUUGGUCCGAGGCAGAGGUGGAGCUUCAUGGAGGCGUCUCCAAAUACCCCUUCGACCCCUGUCACUGAAAGGAACACCAGUGAAGAACUU